AUGGAAGAGAUUGGUGUGUAUGCACAUAGUUGGCAACAGUUAGGAAAUCAACAUGCAUAUCAUCACUUUAUACAAAUCAUUUGUGCCGCACAAUUACGUGAACAGGGGAAUAACAAGCACGAAAAUAUUCGAGAAAGAAGAUACCUGCAUGGAACGAACAAUUUGUUGGUGAAGGGCGUGGAAUUAGGAGGAAAAGUGGUGGAAAAAAACACAAUGUGGAAGAAAACAGAACGUGAACGGGCUUCGCCUUCACCAAAAGGUUUUGUGCAGAAACCGGUUAAAGGGAACCCUAACACACGAAAAUAUUCGAGAAAGAAGAUACCUGCAUGGAACGAACCAUUUGUUGGUGAAGGGCGCGAAAUUAGGAGGAAAAGUGAUGGAAAAAACACAAUAUCAAAAAAAAAGAAUGUGAACGGGCUUCGCCUUCGCAGAAAGGUUUUGUGCAGAAACCAGUUACAGGGAACCUAA